ACGCCAGCAUGGUGUUGUGGUGAAAUAGACGUGCCGCAGAUGCCGACCUCGAGAUGCCCGCGGCGGGUGUGGAGAACGAAGCACGGACCGCAACGCUGUUGCUUCGAACAUGGGCUCUUCGGUGUUGCGAUGUGGUGGACACGCGAACAAUCAACAGUUGCUUGACUACAUUCAUUCUCUGUGUGAUUGUGUUGACGCUCCCUUGUCUGCCCCAACGCGCCUGCUCCAGGUGCUGCGCCGCUCCUUCCUCCUUUUACAGGCCACAGCCACAACCCCGCUCGGUCUGGUACCGCAGCACACUGAUUGAUAUUCACCCACCACGGCUCAUGAGGCAAGAGGAGGGCGGCGCCGUAACACCGAAAUGCGAUGCGGUUGACGAGCCUGUGGACACGGCCUUCUGAAUGACGCCACCCGUGCGCUCCGUGAACCCGCAGGCCGACGUGCCCUCGACCGACCAAGGCGGCUCGCUGCUCGCGCCCACACGCACCAGAGAUGGCCGUUCCAUGUCUGCCGCCGCCGUCAGCGUCAUGGCAAGCUCACGCGGGGGCCAGUCCUCGUAUGCGACUGCGCACUCCGGGCCUGGGAGUUUCAACACGCAGUUAAAGCCCACGACUUCGCAGGACAGCAGGUUGCGCCCCGAUAUUGAUAUGCACGCCAUUACUGUGAGGGACAACGACAACACCACCAGCGAGCAGCGACAAGCCGAGCUACAAGAUCAGAUCGACAAGGAGACCAAGAUCAAGAUUGGAUCCGAGAACCUAUUGGAAGCUCUGAAUGCAAAGAGCGCAAAGAAUGUCAAGGAUCAGAGGGCACAGGUCGAGGAGCAGCUCAAUAUAUCGAACAAAAAGCUUGCACAGCUCAAGGCAGGGCUGGCAAUCGAGAUCCAGCGUGCGAAGGAAGUAAAGUCACCGCCAGCAGAUCCACAAAGCCGGCUAUCGUUCCUAUUCCGUCGAAACCUCUCCCGUUCACCGUCACGCCACAUUGCCAAACAGGACGAAGAUGAAGACGAAGAAACCGAAUCACCGACCUUUGUGCUGGCAGAGAUAUUGCAGGCAUUGGAAGUGCAGGGCAUGCAGCCUGAAUAUUACGUUGAGCGAGCCAAUUCUCUCGUUCUUCUACUCAAACGGCACACUACGCUCAAGUACGAUCUGGCUUGGUCCAUAUUCGGCCUGAGGAUGCAGACAAUGCUCCUCAGCGACAGUCGAGAAGUUGUUGCGGCUGCCUACCGAGUCAUGCGGUAUGCAUUCACCGACCGAAAGUCUCUCCAGAUUAUUCGAGGGUUACAGACCGAUUACCUGGUAAUUUUAUCUCUCGUCAAGGAAAGCAAGGCUAGCGUCGAGCGCGAGCAGGCACUGAAAUUUGUGCGAGCCUUUCUGGACGUCAAGGAUGGUGUUGAAGAGAUCGGACGUGCUGUCGUCCGUAUUGUAGUAGCGGUGGCCGAACAUACCGAAGAUCGACUACGGAACAUUGCGAUCCUAACUCUGGCGGAGAUCCUUGUUAGAAAACCCUCGCUUCUGGUCGGCGCAGGCGGAUUGGGAGUACUCACAGACGCGCUCGGUGAAGGUAGCUAUCAUGCUGCUGAAAGUGUCGGCUCUUCUUUGCUCUACUUGCUGGACACGCCACGACGAAGGCAGUUUCUGCGCUCAGGCCGGGAACUGGAGACGCCAUUCGCCAUGUUUACCGAUGGAGGCACGCUACAUGGCCAUUUACAUGAGGAGAAGCUCAAAGCCAACGCCAAAGUCAUUGCGUCUUUACUCAGAAGCUGGUCAGGGCUGCUGUCCCUCUGUAUGAACGACUUCCUCCCAGUUCGGUCCCUACUCCUGUCAUUACAAAUCCCGACUAUCCAUGUACGCAACAUCAUUUUAGAGCUCUUGUUCGAUCUUUUCAGGAUUAAGUCACCAUCGUGGUCUUCGUCUUUCCUCGCCGGUCGACGUCUGACGACCUAUGGCCGUGUCACGAACAUGCGCAACGAGCCUGUGAAAGAUAGCUCAAAUGCAAAGACUGGAACUUAUACGAACAAGUGGAGCCUGUUAGACCACUACGUCUCCGUAGUCUUGGCUGCUUUUCUGCACGCUGGGCUGGUACCGGCUCUGCUACGUGCUGAGGAAGAUCCAUUGACUCUACAGUUGAAGCGCAAGACAACACUACUUCUCGGAGAAGUUCUAAAGUUGGCGAAUGACCUUUUACCGCCGUCUUGGAGUGCACAGCUCCAGGUUCUCCCUCAAUUGUUAAGAUCGGCUGCUGAAUUCGAGUCAGAGGAUCGGUUCGUUGCAAUUGGAACCAUCUACCAGGUGGACAGCGUCAAUCGUACUCUGUAUCGGUCAGGCGCAACAUCCCUCCAUCCCAGUAAAGGCACCACCACAGUCGACGGAACGGCAUCCGACCGUCCGACAGAUCAGUCCAAGGUCCAAGCAGCCAUGCAAAUGGACGAGGGUCAGUUCCGCACUCUGAUACUCGAAAGUCAGGUCUUGAAUACGAGCAAUUUCCAGAAGUGGAACUGGAACCUGAUCCAAACUGCCAUCGAUGGCCCUUUGCUGAACCCCAAACGCCUCGAUGAGGCAUUGAAGGUCACCAAAUUUGUACAUCGUCUGUUCAACUUUUAUCGUCCGUUUAAGUUUCGAUUUGCUGAUGUGAAAAACACGAAACCAAACCAGCGAUAUGUUCGCGCAGGAUGCGGACUUAUGACAAGUCUUUUACAGAACCCGGAGGGCGUCAAGUACCUUAGUGAGAGCAAGCUUAUCCGGCAACUUGCAGAAAGCCUAUCUCACUUCGACAGAAUGAGCGGUCUCACAUCUGAUUCACCUCUCUUCCAGGCCGACCGCAUGAGCGAAACUCUCACCGGAAGUUACUUCACACUUUUGGGUGCGCUGAGCAAGGAUUCUCGAGGCAUCCACAUCCUCGAAAGAUGGCGGGUCAUCAAUAUGUUCUACCAUAUUAUCGAACUCAAUGGUCGCGACGACCUGAUCCGGGCCUUGCUCAGCAACUUGGAUUACACCCUCGAUGGGCAUCUGCGCAUCAUCAUAUCGAAAGCCAUGACGUCAUGUUCAAAAGAGAUUCGCAUCUUUGCAACUGGCCUAUUGCACAAGUAUGCGACAAAGCCGAUGCAGAUGUCGGGCCCACAAGGUGUUGCGGAAUGGGCUAUCAAGCUGCUUGUAACACAGCUGUACGAUCCAGAUGUCGAAGUUUGCGAGGUUGCAAUCAGAAUCUUAGAAACGGCAUGUAACGAAACCGAAUCACUGGAAUUUGUGGUCAAAUGCCGUCCUGCGUUGGAUCAUUUAGGCGAAAUUGGUGCACCUUUGUUACUUCGGUUCUUGUCAACGUCAGUGGGGUACCACUAUUUAGAUGGGUUGGAUUACAUCACGAAAGAGAUGGAUGACUGGUUUCUGGGGAGGAACGACGCCUAUGUGGUACAGAUCGAAGCUACUAUGGCACGCGCGUUGGCCGACAUUCCUGACAAACCGUCAUCACUGUUGUCGUACGAUGAGACUUCGGAACAGCCCGAGUAUGGUCUCGUGCCAGCACAUUUCUAUCGAGAACUCACCAGGACGAAAGAAGGCUGCAAGCUGCUGAAACAGAAGGGGCAUUUCGAAGAGUUCACUGCCAACAUUCGCGAUUUUGCUACAGAGAAUAAUGAUUCUGAGAUAAUCCUCAAGGUUAAGGGCUGUCUGUGGGCAGUAGGAAAUGUUGGCUCUAUGGAACUUGGUGCCCCGUUCCUGGAGAAUUCCGACGUGGUGAAAUGGAUUGUACAAAUAGCAGAGACCUCUGAGGUCAUGUCGCUUAGAGGGACAGCAUUCUAUGUUCUCGGAUUGAUAUCGAGAAGUCUGCACGGUCAGGAGAUCCUGCUCGAACAUGGCUGGGAUGGUGUGGUCAGUGACUCUGGUGAAGCACUAGGGUUCUGCCUGCCAUUGAACUUCAGAAAGCUCUUCGAGAUCAAACCAUGGGCAGCCAAGUCUGAAGACAUCAGCUGGAAACGCAAGACCGAAGUCACAGUGGCUAUUACUGACAACGACCCCAUCAAUGCACGCAUCCUCAAGCUUGCGACUGACCUUGGCAAUACGGUGCUUGCCAAGCGAGCUGCAAACGAUCUCCAAGCUAUCAAAGCUAAGAAAGCACCUGGGUUCAGCAAGCCAUCGAUCUUCCGAAAAGUCAUGCAGAUACUGGAAGCACAUCAUUUCCGCCUGCCAGCAUGCCGCUUCGUGUUGGACUUGUUCGACAAGCGGGUAUUAGAGCAGAUUGUGCUCGAGGAAGAAGACGAGGAGAGUGAUGAAAGUAGUGACUUGGAUCCCGAGUCGGACGAAGAGCCGUUUGGUACGGUGGGUGCUACAAAGGCUUCAUGAACAUUUGCUACGGGUUUUCAACGCCGGUUUCGAUAUCUUGGCGUUAAGGAGUACAACAAGCAUUUCAUUGUACGUGUUUCCGGCGACGGAUUAAGCGUACCAAGACUAGGUUCAAUGGUUAGACUUGCGUGGGGAGUUCCACGGUACCUGUUUGGGACUAAGGGAUGGAUCCCAGACAUCAGCUUCGUGCUUCACUUCGGAAACAUUACGUGAGAGGCGAAGCUCAUGGCAUGAGUCGACAUGAACAGGUUCGCUUUCAUGUCGAGUUUUGUAAAAGUUGUAGUCAUUAUGGUACACGCACGCCAGGUACGGCGAACCACGGAAAAUGACUGGCUAUUUGUAAAUAUGGUAGAAGAACAUGAG